GCCACGAUCACGAUUCGGCGCGUUUGCGUUGGCGCCAGGCACGUACGGCUUUACGCUCAACGGCAUCACCACCCCGGGUUCGUCCUGCAACGCGUACUACCCCGAACGGGUGGCUUGGUGCCGUGGGAGUCGUACACGGUCUCGACGCUGGACGCAGCGCAGAACGUCUAUGAGUCCAUAUCGGUGCCCGGGAGUGCGAUCAUCAAGUCGCACUUGUACUUUGGCCGCGUCCGGACGCUCGCGACGACGCCAUCGACUUUGACGUCGGCCACGAUCCUCUUUAAUACGCUGCUACGCAUCCCAAGUGGCGGCAAGGUUCUUGUGACCUUUCCGACCGGGUAUGCGAUUGCGGACCCAGGCUGGACGCUCUCGGGGUGGGUCGGCCUCAGCGCCGCAAGCACAGCAUCCAUUGCGGGCUUGACGCUGACGAUUACGAGUGCGACCGCCGUCGCCCCGAUGCUUGGCAUCCAAGUCACGCUCUCGGGCGUCACGACCCCACCGCUCAACACAAUCGGCACGUACAUGAUCGUGACCCAAGACAGCGACGGCAACGUCAUUGAAGACGCGGCCAACAUUGGCGGCGUCGGCUGCUACUUUCUGAACGAAUGCAGCGGACAUGGCGACUGCACGCUCAUGAGCUCCAAGUGCAUUUGCAACGCAGGGUGGGGCGCCCCGACCGACAUCUCGAUCGGCGGAGCCCCCGACUGCUCGCGACGAACAUGUCCGUCGGGGCUCGCUUGGAACGACGUCCCCACGGCGCCAACCGUCGCCCACACAACGCUCGCCGAGUGCAGCAACCAAGGCUCGUGCAACCGCACCAGCGGUGUAUGCAACUGCUUUCCCGGCUACACGGGCAGCGCUUGUGAUCGCAUGUCGUGUCCCAACGACUGCUCGGGGCACGGCGCCUGCUUGAGUCUGCAAGAGAUGGCGACGCUGACGACUGCUGUGCCGGUCGCGAGUGCCACUACGUACUCGCUGUGGGAUGCGACGCGCAUUUACGGCUGCGUCUGCGACUCGUCGUGGCCGGUCGGACUGGAGGCCGGCCAAACACGCGUACCCGAGUGGUUUGGGGCCGACUGUUCGAUGCGUCACUGCCCGAGUGGUGACGAUCCCAUGACGGCAGUGGACGAAACCAACUGCGGCGGUGUUGCGGCGCCUGGCGGAGCGGUGGGGGCCGUUGGCAACCUCUGCUACAACGAGUGCUCGGGCCGCGGCGUGUGCUACUACCAAUCCGGCCAAUGUCGGUGCUUUGACGGCUUUGAAGGGCUUGCGUGCAACAUCCAAAACGUCCUCUUUGACGAUGGCAACCGCAGUGCGCUCGACAUCGCACUCGCUGGCUACUGA